UUCAUAAUAUUCUCAUUAACUUCCCUUCAAACUUUUAAGUGCUUCUACAACUUUGAUCUUUGGCUGCCUAUAUAUCAAGAGAAAGCAUUAAAAUCUGAGACAGUUGGUGGUGUUCUUCGUAAUGGAAUUUUGAAUUAUGUUAAAGAGUUGCGAGAUGCAAAAGCCAUGAUCGAUGGGAACAUGGUUGUCAAUUAUGAAACUUGCACAACAGAUGGUUUGCAUGAAGUUGAGUUGUUUCUACUGCUAAUGAAGGAUAUGUACAUUGAAGCAUGCAGCCAGAAAGAUGUUGUAGGUAUUGUCAAUUUUACUAGCUCUGUAUGUUCCUUUUCAUUCUUGAAUUCAAAGGAACCGAUUUCACAGGCUGUUGCAAAUAUAAAGGAUGAUGUCAUCAGGAGUUUGCUAAGCAGGCCGGAUAUCAUUUGUGAUGAAGCGGGUGAAGAUGUAGGGCCAAAUGACGAUGUAAUUAAGGAAACAAGAAAUGACUCAUCUUCUGAAAAGCCAGUUUCCCAACUUGUUUUACACUCCUUGAAGUUUUAAAAGAGCAUUUUGUUGCAUUGAUAUCCAUGGAAGCCACAAACGAUGCCCCAAAAUUCUUGGAACCAGAAGAAGAAUCCCUUAAGUGACCACUAGAUCUUUUUGGGAUGUAGUCCUCCCUUACUCUUCGACACCGAACUCUUCCCAUGUAAAAGGCAGAGAAAUUACCGGUAAAGAAACUAGUCAGAAAACCAUCAAGUCACCCAAUGUCAACUUCGUUGCUGCUAUCCUC